AACCUUUGCGAGAACAAAAGAAAAGAAAAAGGGAGAAAGAACUGGAGAAGGAAGAAGGUACCCACAACACUCUCUUUAUAUAUUAUAUUGUCAUACCUUUUUAAAAGAACAAGACUUUAUUUUGUCUUGUGAUACUCAAUAUCAAGGGUCCUUUUUUUUCCUUUAAUUUUAUGACAGAAGAACCUUCAGGAACAGAACAGAAAAGAAAAAGGUGAAAAAAAAGAUGACUGAUCAAGGUACGCUACAUUCACUACUUUCAUAUUUUUAAAAAAGUUUGAGUCGAACAUCCCUAAUUUUGUUCUGUUAAACCUGCGAUCAUAAACAAUGGAAACAGGUUUCGGAGAAGACCCACGAGAUGGGUGCGUCUACAACACAAGCCUUUAAUCCCCCUUUUCAUGGAGUGAAAUUUUGAAACAGUUUUCCGGAAAAACUACGACGUUACUUACCUAUAUAUUUCCUUAUUUUGUCCAAAAACAAGAACUUGAAAAGCAUAAGAACGUAACAAAUAAAGUUUGUUUUCACAAUACAUGUCUGCUUCCAAUCAACCAUAUCAGCAUUAACAAUGUCAAAAAAAAAAUAAUAAUAUGACACAUUGUUGCUGGGAAAGUGCGGCACUUUGUCGUCGGCGACGCUUACUAUACCCAUUAUUUGAGUGGUCCGGGAUGUUUGUGACUUUAUAAUAGUGGCAUAUCAAGUGAUUUACUUGGCAUGAAAUUAAAUACUUCAUUGCUUUUUAAAUUCAUAGUAGAAACCCCAAAAGAAAAAGGAAAAAGAAAAAAGCAAAAAUCACCGGAGUGGGAUGAAGGUACCCACCUUGUCGCAGAACCUUUUUGUUUCGUAAAACCCAUCAGCUAUUAUCAAGAUAGGAUAAAAAGACACGAUGAGACGGUCGUUAAGCAACCUCGUCCCCAGGGUCUACUCUCGUUUUUCCAAUUUAUUGGCGGCAAACCAAAAGAAGAGAACUCUUCUCUUCUCUCCUGCGGCCAUAUUGCGACACGAAAAGACCCUCAGUGGAGACGAGGCCAGGCAGUAAGUGCAGCGCUAAGCUACCAUCCUUUUUUUAGAUAG